UCAUCAAAGAAAUGUUGACUAUUGUUCUUAAUCUAGAGCAGGAACCGAAUAGUUCCAGUUGGUAGAGAAUUUAGGGUGAAUUUGGUGGGAAUGGACAUGCAUAUUAGGGUGGAACUAAUUCUACGUGAGUUAGGGAGCUGGGGCAUGCCCCCCCCAAUUUUCAAUGAUAAGCUACUGAAGAUACGUGUCAAAAGUGCAUACAAACAGCAAUCAAAAUCCAGAAAAAUACUUUUCCAAGCUAAUCAAGGAGCAGAGUUCUAUGGCUUCUUAUUCCAAGUAGGUCCAUGCCAUUUCCUGCCUAUUCUGGUGGAAAUGGCAGUCGGCGCUAUUCUGUGGAGCCUAGAAUCCCUACUGAGGACAUGGCAUGAGAAAAUUUGGUUGCCUCUGAUCUUUAAUGAUUGAGGGUUAGAAAGCAGAAAUUUGUUGUUGAAAGAUUCAUCCAACAUUUGCACCUAUGUUACUCAUUCAAAUCUAUCAUGAAUUAAUUUAUCAUCUGGUUCACUUUACAUUCUCUCCUGCAAUGAUAUCUAUCAUCUGAUGCAAAUGAACAUAUUAAAUCCAUGUAGAAGAUCUGUGCAAUUAGCUGACUGAAACAAUAUGCAGUCUGAGUUUUUCAUUUUUUCUCAUUUUGAAGUCACUGGAAAGAUCGGGAAGAAGAUUGAAAGAAGAUACAUUUUUCUUGUGGUGCAGCUAGGACUGUGAACUGAGAGUGAUCUGUCUCUUCCUUUUGUAAGUUACUAUUCUUGUACAUCUAUAUAACAUAAAAUUUGGGUCCAAAAUUUGUUAAAUCUUAUCUUGUGUAUUGAAUCUACAGAGAGAAGAACUAAAAUUUGUAGUUAAUAGGUGGUGUAGAGAUUCUAGCUAGAGAUCCUUUAGGAGAUAUGUUAUUAUUAUUGUAAAUUCAACUUGUUAAACAAUUUUAUUCUUUGUUUAUGCACAUUUCUAUACCUGAUCAAGGACAUAUUUGUUCAGAAAAAAAGACUAUGAAGCUUCAUAUACCUUUAGGACAGGAAAUCCAUUCUUAUUUGUGAAUCUGCAAUGCCUGCAACUGCAUGUCUCUCUAUCCUUUUCACUUAUAACACUGAUUUCUUCCAACCAUCCAACCAAGUCAUGGACAGAGCAUAUAGAGCAUCAGGUUUUCCGUUAGUCAUCAAACCCGGCUGGCAAGCUCUUUGACGAAUGACGGUCUGCUGGGUAUCAAUAUGUAUAAUUCAGUUUGUGCUCCUGGACAUGAAUCAAUCCCUUAUUGAUGCUGUCUACUAUGACCCUUCAAAUCUCACAGUUUUGAAACACAUUAAUAGGGAGUGUUCAUUUAUAUAUUUAACAUCUCUCCUGUGGGUGUAUGAU